GCAAGGAAUCCAGUGGCGCUCACUGCGCGAACAUUUACAUUAUCAUUUGCACACUUCGAAACACACUCUCACAGUCGUACCCGGAAAUGGCACUCACUGCGCGCCAGAGACGCCCUUUACCUCCCGAUCCUUCGUCUUCGUCGUCGGAGAGUUACACGAAGGUCGAUAAAAAGGGGCGAUCGGAGGAGGGCCAUGAAGUGGAGGACAAGGGACUGAGGUGGUUCUUGCCGGUGUUCGCCCUGGGAAUGCUACGCUACAUGAGCGCCACUUCAAACAUCAUACACGACUGCGAUGAGGUCUUCAACUACUGGGAGCCUCUCCAUUACCUUCUAUACAAGUCCGGAUUCCAAACAUGGGAGUACAGUUCCCAGUUUGCACUUCGUUCGUAUCUAUACAUUGUUUUACAUGAAUUGGUGGGUCGACCGGCGUCCUGGUUGUUCAUUGAUGAAAAGGUGAGAGUGUUCUAUGUAGUAAGACUAUUUCUUGGUCUCAUCUCUGUUAUUGCGGAUGCUGUUCUGGUAGUGGCUCUUUCGAGAAAGUAUGGAAAACGAAUUGCCUCUUAUGCGCUUGCAAUGCUAUGUUUAACCAGUGGUUGUUUCUUUGCCAGCACAAGUUUUUUGCCAAGUUCUUUUUCUAUGUAUGCAUUGAGUCUCUCUUCAGGAUUAUUUCUUCUUGAAAAACCGGCUAUGGCCGUUGCUGUUGCAUCUGUUGGGGUCAUACUUGGCUGGCCAUUCUCAAUCCUUGCUUUCCUGCCAAUCACGUUCUACUCUUUGGCUAGAAAAUGCAAACAUACACUUUUAGCUGGGGCUGUCACCUCAAUUGCUCUUCUUGCACUCUCUGUACUGGUUGAUUAUUACUACUACAGACGAUGGACAUCAUCUGUUAUGAAUCUAUUACUAUAUAAUGUUGUAGGAGGAGGGGAGAGCCAUCUGUAUGGGACAGAGGGGCCAUUGUUUUACUUGAGGAAUGGAUUUAACAAUUUCAACUUUUGCUUUAUACUUUCCUUGCUUUUUUUGGUAAUUCUGCCGAUUGCCAGAAAGAAAUAUGCCCCAGAUUUGCUGAUUGUGGUCUCACCUCUAUAUAUUUGGCUGGGAUUUAUGUCUCUGCAGCCACACAAAGAAGAAAGGUUCCUAUAUCCAAUAUACCCUCUUGUUUGUGUUGCUGCGGCCGCUGUCAUUGAUAGCUUUCCUGAUCUUUUCCGAGACAAGCAUAAUCCUUAUGAUAAUUCUUGGAUUGUUAUGACAGCCAAAAUUCUUAGACCAGUGACUCUUAGCCUCAUAUUAUGUGCCUCCCAUGCACGUACGUUUUCACUGAUCAAUGGCUAUGCUGCUCCAUUGGAGGUUUACAAGAUCUUGGAGCACCAUGAUGAGGCAGGAAAAGGUUCUGUACUUUGUGUUGGAAGUGAAUGGCACCGCUACCCGUCAUCAUUUUUUAUUCCUGAUUAUGUAAGUGAAGUCCGUUGGAUUGAUGAUGGCUUCAGAGGCCUACUUCCAUUGCCUUUCAAUUCUACCCUUGGUGGAACUGCAGCAGCUCCUCCAUAUUUCAACAACAAAAAUGUGGCUUCAGAUGAGCAAUAUCUCCACGAUCUCGAUGCUUGUACCUUCUUAGUUGAGCUGCACCUUAACAGGCCUUACCUUUACCGUGGGAGUGACCUCUCAAUCUGGGAGCCUAUUGCAGCAUUCCCUUACCUGGACAGGGAGUUCUCACCGCCCUUAUAUCGGUCGUUCUUCAUUCCGUAUCUCUGGCAGCAGAAGAAUGCUUUUGGCUUGUACAAGCUCCUUAGAAGAAUACCCAAAUGACAAGUUGCUACUUGAUGCUUGUAAGAUUUCAUGACUGACCUAACCGACAGGCGUAUCCCCUGUAAUAGCAAAAAAGACUGGCGAGGCCCUCGUAUUUAGUGAUGAGACUGUAAUAGCCAAGACAUGUAGGUUUUCUGUUUUCAUUUGAAUUCGCUAAUUGAGAAGUGUAGCUUUGGGAAUUUUGAUCUGAAUUCACUAUGUGAUCUUUUACCAAUAUCAUUAGCCCUCACCAACCAUUAUGCGUUUAAG